AUGUCAGUGCUACCUAACGACUUGGAAAAAAAACCAGGCACUGCCCUGUACAUAGAUGAAUCGAUCCAUGACGGACAGACGUCUGUGGAGUCCGUGGGAAAAGCGGUGAUCCACGGCGAAGACGGUAAAGUUGAAGGAACUAGACUUAAAAAGGAACUAGAGGCCCGUCACGUAUCGAUGAUUGCCAUCGGUGGGUCCCUAGGUACCGGUCUACUGAUUGGAACCGGUGGGUCUCUAGCCAGUGCAGGCCCAGUGUCAAUUUUGAUUUCUUACUCGUUCAUCGGUCUGUUGGUGUACACAGUGAUGAGCUGUCUGGGCGAAAUGGCCGCUUUUAUCCCACUGGAUGGGUUUACAUCGUACGCAUCCCGCUACUGCGACCCUGCUCUCGGUUUUGCCGUGGGAUACUCAUAUUUGUUCAAAUACUUUAUCGUGACGCCUAACCAGCUGACAGCGGGCGCUAUGGUGAUGCAAUAUUGGGUCAGCAGAGACAAAGUCAACCCGGGUGUUUGGAUCACAAUCUUCUUGGUGCUCAUCGUGUUGAUCAACACCGUGGGUGUCAGGUUCUUUGGAGAAUUCGAAUUCUGGCUGUCGUCCGUCAAAGUGCUGGUGAUGCUGGGACUCAUCAUCCUGCUCUUUGUCAUCAUGUUGGGCGGCGGACCAUCCCACGACCGCACCGGUUUCAGAUACUGGAAAGACCCCGGUGCUUUCAAGCCAUACCCUGGCAUUCCCGGAUCCAAGGGUAAAUUUGUUUCCUUCGCUUCGGUCUUUGCCCUAGCCUUGUUUGCCUACACAGGUACCGAACUGUGUGGUAUUGUUGCUGCGGAAGCUAGAAACCCUAGAAAGAGUGUCCCUCGCGCCAUCAAGCUUACGCUGUACCGUAUUGUUGUGUUCUACGUCAUCACAAUCUUCCUCUUGGGAAUGUGUGUGGCUUACAACGACCCACUGCUGUUGAAAGCGAAGAAAAUGAGCACAUCUGCCGCGGCCUCUCCGUUUGUCGUGGCUAUCAUCAAUGCAAAAAUCCCUGUUUUGCCCCACAUCUUCAACGCAUGCGUCCUGGUAUUUGUCUUCAGCGCCUGCAACUCCGAUUUGUACGUGGCAUCCAGAACCCUUUACGGUCUAGCCAUCGACAACAAGGCUCCCAAAAUCUUUGCCAAAACCAACAGAUGGGGUGUUCCAUACAAUGCUCUUAUGCUCUCGGUUCUAUUCUGCCUGCUUGCAUACAUGAACGUUGCCUCGUCGUCAGGACAAGUUUUCACCUACUUUGUCAACGUUGUGUCUAUCUUUGGUCUAUUGAGUUGGAUCUCCAUUCUAAUCACAUACAUCAGAUUUGACAAGGCCGUGCGUGUGCAAUUUGGCGACAAGUCUAGUCUCUCCUACACGGCCGCCAUGCAGCCUUGGUCUGCAUACGUGUGCUUGUUUUUCUGCAUUUUGGUCGGUUUGAUCAAGAACUAUACCGUCUUCCUAGGCCACAAGUUUGACUACAAGACUUUCAUCUCAGGUUACAUUGGUAUUCCAGUGUUCUUCAUCUGCUACGUGGGCUACAAGCUAAUCAUGCGUACCAAGCUGAUUGCUCCAGAAGACGUUGAUCUCUACACAUUCAAAGCAGCCAUUGAUGCCGAGGAGGAAGAAGGCAAGAUCUACGAUGCUGAGCAUGAAGAGAAAUUGAAGAACGAGAAAUGGAGUCUCGACUGGAUCUACGACAGAUUUUUGGGAUGGAUAUUCUAA